CGUCACCGCAUCAGCGGAGCCACCCAAACAAAACAAUGUUUUUGCGCGCCGGACGUUAAACGCUUCUUGUUCGCGAUUUACAAGCGCUUCAGUUUCAAUCAAAAAUAGUCUGUUGAAAUACAUUCCGCUUCACGCCGACGACGAGCAACAAUGGACCAGGACAAGUCGAAGCAUCUUCCCAUGUCCCGGAUACGGACGGUGAUGAAAACCUCGCCAUCCAUCGGACACAUCAAUCAGGACGCACUCUUCCUUGUGUGCCGAGCAGCGGAAAUGUUCAUCCAAUUCAUCUCCAAGAACGCGUACAAGAAGGGCACCCAGCUGCUGAACUACAAGCACCUGGCCUCGUACGUGGAGUCGGAGGGAUCGUUGGAGUUUUUGGAGCAGAUCCUGCCAAAGAAGAUCACCGUCAGCCAGUACAAGAAGAUCAUGGAGCAGAAGAAGAACAAGGGAAGUGACGAUGACGAUAGCUCCAGCGAGGAAGAGGACAGCAGCAGCAGCGGAGAGGAAUCGGACGAUGAGGGGUCCGAUUCGUCAUCGGAAAGUGGCGAGGGGGAGGAAGAGGAGGAAGAGGAGGAGGACGAUGGUGACGAUAAAGAUGGGGAAGAACAGAAGGACGACGAUGCGGACAGUGUAAUCUCAAUUGAUUCCUCCAGCUCGGACGAGAAGGAGAACUCCAAGAACAUGAGCAACAAGAAGUCGCCGAUCAAGCACAAGACCGGCGAUUCGCCGUAAGAAACGUUUUCUAACUGGAAGGGUGCUUAAGUGAGAUCUAGGUUAAAGCCAACUCAUAAUUGUAUUACAUAAAAUAAUUUGUGUUAAUAAACUUUUUUUACUGUACUUCGACGAAA